AAAGGGACUAAAUCAACCAAAAAAUUACAUGCUGACAAUUUCAUUGACGUCACCGGAAACUGAGUCCCCAAAGGCAACAUGUAAAACAAAAUAGAUGAAGCUACGUCAACGACGCUAACCGAAGUGUGUGCAAGCGUGUGCCGGCCGGACGACUGAGAAGAAAGUCCCUUACAUAGACGACCCCAGUUGUGUGCUAAAAUAAACAUUAUUAUUCCGUUCAUUUCUUUGGAAGCCCGCCGUCAUCUGACAUUGAAGGUCAGUUCAGACUUUGCUAUGGCGCAGGAGACCAAUCAGAGCCCAGCUCCUAUGCUCUGUGCUACCGGCUGUGGUUUCUAUGGCAACCCCAGGACUAAUGGCAUGUGCUCUGUUUGCCACAAGGAGCACCUGUCAAGACAGAACAAUGGAGGAGUCAGUUCGCUGAGUGCUGUGGGCAGCAGCGGCAGCCCCACAGUAGAGGUUUCAGCAAUCCAGAGGUUAGAGGCCACCUUGAAUAAUGCUGCAGCAGCGGCGGUUGCAGCUGAGGCGGCAGCCGCUUCAGCAGAGGCUGCUGCCACUGAAGCUCUCAGUGGGAUGUCGACUAUUUCCGUAACACAAAAGAUGACUGAGAUGAGUCUUUCCUCAGAGGACAAAGAGCCAUCCAUUAGCAAAGCAGACCUUACAGAGCUUGUGGCCACAGACAUAGAUACUCAUUCUUCCACUGCUGGCAGUGAAGUGUCCAGAGCUCCGGAUCCACCCAAACCCAAGAAGAACCGUUGUUUUAUGUGCCGCAAAAAGGUUGGCCUUACAGGUUUUGACUGCCGCUGUGGGAACCUGUUCUGUGGCCUUCAUCGUUAUUCAGACAAACACAAAUGUCCGUAUGACUACAAAGCUGAAGCUGCUGCAAAGAUUCGCAAAGAGAACCCUGUGGUUGUUGCUGACAAGAUCCAGAGAAUAUAAAAACUUUGAAAUACUUGGAUUGGCUUUGCAAAAAUGGACUUGAGCCCAACUUUCCCCAAUGGACCCUUUUUGUUAGUUCACGAUCAAAAAUGUUUUUUUUUGUUUUGUUUUUUUUCCCCGCCAGAUUUCAACCUUUCAUUCUUCUUUGUGUGUGUGUUGUUUUUUUUUUUUAUGUUGAUGAACAUUAUGUACACGUGUGUAUCAGAGGGAUGAGGCGGUCUGAAUUACUGUAUGGUAUUUGACUGUAUGUUGAAGAAAAUCCAUGCAUUCAUUUACUUUGUGCUCCCGGGAAAAGUAAUGUGAUAGAAAUCCGUUUAAGGUUGCCUCGCGAGUGUUGCGAUCUUGUGGCUGUUACUGUUGUUGGCAACGGCGCCAAAGCCAAUCGUAUUUGCGCUCAACUGGCAUGAGUAGCAAAGUGCAUAUUCAACCUGUUUUUUUUCUUUUCUUUGAAAAUUUGACCCUUGCUUCUUCAGGACUAAACUCAUCUGACUGGUCAGAUAUUGCACCCUGCAUUUUCAAGUCUGAGCCACUGGAGCCACCCCUUCCCACAUGACCAUGUUGUUAAACCGGCUGUGUGCGCGCAUGUUGUUUGAGAGAGAGACCCGAAUGUUGGCACGUUAGCCUUGCGUCCUUAUCACAUGUAUUAUCAUUUCUCGCCACGUUUUUUUUUUUUAUAUAUACCAAGUGUGUAAUGUCAUACUACAAGUGAGCCUAAACUUGAAUUGUUUGGCCUUUUACAGGGUUUAGUCCCACUAAUAUUUUCCUCUUCCACUUCACUUUGGAAUGUUUUCUGCUGUUUUUAAUGUGUGUUGACAAUGUUGGGAAUGUUGAGUUACAUACGUAUCAAAACACAGACAUUUGUUUUUUGUGGGGAAAACGUGUGGAUGACUGUAGGAGGUGAGUAGUGUUCUGUUUUCAUUGAUUUUGUUUUUUGUGUGGGGGGAGAUGAGGUCUGGCUGCUUAUUACGUGGUGUUUUUUUUUUUUAAUCCUUUUAGUCAUGCAAGUUUGUACAAACAUCUUUAUUUAUAUACUGCAGUGUGUGUGUGUAAUCUUCCAAUAAUACAGAUAAAGUUGUAUGGUGUAAAUAAAAGGUGUUCACAUAGUAA